AUGCCGGUCCCGGCUCCCGACGGCGCCUCUGCUCGCCCAGCCCGGCCGGCUCCACGGCAACCGCGUUAUGGGCCGGCCAGCAGUAGCACGAGGAAAGCGGCCGCUCCAUCCAGGGCCACUGAUUCCCGGAACAGCCCAGAUGUGUCGGAUGAAGACUCGGCUGAAAUGUCCCAGGACGAGAUGGCGUCCCCCUCCGAUGGCACCAAGUCACCGGCCCAGUCUUCCGUCAAGCCCGAGUCCGAGGAUGCGUCGGGGAUACAAGACGGUGUUGAUGAUACACCGAGAAUGCCCAUGCAUAAACGCCGUAGAGUAACGAGAGCGUGCGACGAGUGCCGCCGGAAGAAGAUCAAAUGCGACGGCAAGCAGCCUUGCACACACUGUUCCGUCUACAGCUAUGAGUGCACAUACGACAAACCGUCUAACCGCCGCAGAAACCCUGCGCCCCAGUACAUCGAAGCUCUAGAAGCCAGGCUCCAGCGAGCCGAGACUAUGCUGCGCAAGUUCAUGCCGGAAGUUGAUCUUGCCGACCCCAACCUGGACCCGGCAGUCCAGCAAGAGUUUCGCAACAGGGAGAGGGCGAGGGCGAAGGCCAUGGAGCUCAAGCGGGAGGCAGCAAAGGGAGAGCAAGGGGACAGCCAGGACGCCCAGAUCAUGUCUAUGAUAGAGUCGAUUGGCCAGCUAGAGAUCAAAGAGAGCGGUGAAUGGGACUUUCACGGCAUCUCUUCGGGAGCUGUCUUCCUCGGGCGGAUGAAGGAGCAUUUCCAGACGCUGUUGGGAAACGAAUACCGCAUCCCCUUCUUGCCCCGGCCAGCCGUGCCACCCGGCUUGUUCAGCCUCGACUCGCCGAAACCCAGUACCAGCUCGCCAUGGGAUGCUUCGAGUGCGUCGGCCAUAUACAACCUCCCUCCGAUCGACAGGGUCCGCACGCUCUGCUACUACUCGCUAGACUGUGCCACCUGCCUUCUCCGAAUUGUACACCGACCGUCCUUCUACGAGAUGGUCGACAAGCUUUACUCGACGCCACAGAAGUCUUGGGGUAACGAGGAACACCGGUUCUUGGGCCUGUUGUACGCAGUACUGGCGCUCGGUUGCGUGUACAACGUCUCUGAAGACCAGGCUUCGGAGCCGACUGUGACUUACAAGUUGGCCGUCAAAGAAGGGGUCAAGUAUUAUACAUCAGCACGGCUGAUCCUGCAGGACGUCGCCGAAUGCCGGGAUAUGGCCUCUCUUCAAGCGCUCGUCUACACAAUACUCUUUCUUCAGGCGACCUCCCACAUCAGUGACUGCUACGCAUUCCUCGGCAUUGCUCUUCGGUCCUGUCUGCGCAUGGGCCUGCAUCGUCAUCUCCACCACGACAAGAUUACUCCGAUCGAGGACGAGACCAGGCGGCGCGUGUUUCACGUCGUCCGCCAGCUGGACUUGUACGUCUCGGCCAUCCUGGGCUUCCCUCUGCUGCUUCAGGAUGAAGACGUCGAUCAACCGUUACCAACCGAGGUUGAUGACGAAUACAUCACCAAAGAAACGAUCCGCAUGCCGCCGCCGGGCACCCCGUCAGUCUUCCAAGCGUUCAACGCGCACAACGAUCUCAUGAGGAUACUUGCAAAGGUGGUCAAGGACAUCUACCCGCUCCGGGCGAUGGGGGACAGCGCUCAGGGGCAGCAAACCAACAGGACCUUCAUGAUCAGCUACUCUCGGAUUCAGGCGAUCGAGACGGAGCUCCAGGAGUGGCAGUCCCGGCUCCCUGACUACUGGCGACCGAACCAUGACGGUCCCGUUGAGGUUGUCCGCAUUCGCACACUCCUCCGGUUCGGAUAUGCCCAUGUCCAGAUGAUGCUCUACAGACCGUUUCUCCACUACAUUUCGCCACGACUGACGGCGGGCAAGAAGAUUGAAGACCGCUACUACAACUGUGCAGCUGCGGGGAUUACCGUGUCUCGGAAUAUCAUCCUCGUUGCGCUCGAGAUUCAGAAACAGGGGGUCCUCAUCGGGCCAUACUGGUUCAUCCUGUACACCGAGUUCUUCGCCAUCCUCUCCCUCCUAUUCUUCGUCUUGGAGAAUCCCGACAAGCCAGGGUCCGCCGAGAUACUGGCGGAUGCGAAAGCAGGCAGGGACGUGAUCGCAAGCCUUGCAAAACGAAGUCUGGCGGCUGACCGUAUCACCACUGCUCUCAACCCCCUCUUCGAGCAGCUGCCAGACGAAGUGCAGAAAACCACGACCCGGCCAACACCGACAAAGAAGCGAUCCGCCCCGACUUCGGCCCCCACGCUGACCCCGGCUCAAGGAUCAAGGGCGGGCAGCGCGGCGUCAGCGACUCGUCCAAACUCCAAAGACGAAAUCCCGCAGCGCAGGUCAGAGGAGGUCGUUCGCCCGCCCAUCGGGCUGCUUCGGCGGGAAGCACGGGCGCCUCCCCAGAGAGCCACGUCUCUGGAUACCGUUGAGUUUCAGCACGGCAGUCUGGCAGGACAGAACUUCACCAGUUUUCACGACAUCAUACCUAUGAACAUGCCCCUCUCCGCGCCGGUUUCCGAUUCCAGCGGCCCGCAGGGAACCGUUCACAGCCAUGCCCAGGGCUUCCAACAAGGACAAGUGGCAGGCGGGCCAGCCAGCUCCCUGUACAAAAUGGACGCCAUGAUGUUCCCCUCCGAAGACCCGUUCGCUUAUCCAAACCAGCCACUGAUGGACCCAGCCAGCCAUCACCACCACCAUCCAGGCAGCCAAGCACCACCACAGUCGGGAGCGGGCGGCGGCCCGUCCCACGAUGCGAUGCAGUUCUACAUGCCGGACAUGUACGACGGGAUCGAGGGCCAGCUCCUGGAGCCGAUCCCGUCGUAUCUGAUCCAGCACGGGCAGAGUCAGUCGCACCACGGCCUGGACGCGGCAGCGCAGACGUACAGCACGCCCGAUCUCUUGGCGAUGCACCAGGGCCAUGGCGGUCCGCAACAGUACCAUCAGCAGAUCUCGCAACACCAGCAGCAGCAGCAGCAGCAGCAGGGGGCCAUGAUCGAUGAGAUGCAGACAGAUCAAGGUUUUCGAGGGGGCAACUGGGGCGACAUGAUGGGCCAUACCGGGUAUCGGUGA